AUGGAGUGCAAUUGUUUACCGAAAUUGGAAAGCACGUGUUCGUGUCUGCCGAUUCAGGAAAGCUCUACUUGCGGUGCAAAUUGUAGCCAUGGAAAUUAUACAUCAAAUCUCAUGAAAGUGCUGGGGACUGCAGUCUUACUUUUAUCAGUAGCUACAGGUUAUUUGCUAAUUCAAACUCAUCAACUGAACAAAUCGCUGCAGAAGUUGCAAAUCAAUGAUGAAACGCAAAGUUAUUUGGCACAAGAAGGUCGUUUUCCGCUCAAAAGUAAAAUUUACAUGCAACAGAAAUCAUCUGAAAUCUACAAAUCCGUUGAAUACAGAAGAAGAAAAAGAAACAGUCGAAGGAGAAAUCGUAUACGGAAUGAGUUGUCACAAAUCAAAAGCCAGAUUGGUACCCUGGUGAAUACCACGAUCCCAAACUUGGAAGCUGGAAUUAUGAAGAAAGUCGCACACUUAAAAAUGUCUGCCGACAUGACUAAGAAUAUCCUCAACGAACCUGUUAAUAGCAUAAAUGGCUGUCGCAGUGGGGAAAAGUGUUUGAGAUGGAGUGAUCCGGAGUCCAUUUACUCCUCCACAUUCGACUAUAUGAAAGAUACAGCGUACGACAUGCCCGUAGCCAUAAAAGUCCGUAGUCCAGGCGUGUAUUUAGUGUAUGCACAAGUAGCCUUCAAUGGGCCGGAACAAGGGUAUGAGCCAUCAAUUGGAUUUGAAACAGUCCUCGUUCAUGGAGAUAUUGAAAAAACGUUGAUAAAGAGUUACAUAACACAGGAUAAUAGGGGUCGACGAUAUGACGGCUAUGGGCGUCCCUCUGGAGAGUUCCCAUUCGACACAGUGAAUCAGAUGGGCAUGUUCAAAUUAGAAUGUGAUGACUACCUACUGAUCAGGCCGAUUGGAGCCCCCAACUUCGUCUUCCGCAAUACGGAAGCCUCGUAUUUCGGUAUCGUUCAGAUUAAUCCAGUUCGAGGCCUGCUGCAUGGUGACUACAGUUGUAACGCCCAAGAAUGACAACUUUUGUUUGGAAUGUGAAUAUUGCCGGGACGAGUGGAUCCAAUCAUUUUCCUAACAGUUAUAGUGGAUCUAAGAGGGGUGGAGGAUGUUAAAAUGGUUUGUGAACACUUCUCCUAUAUGGCUUAUUUGAGUUCAUAAUGUCUAUGUUCCUGCCCAUGCUUUCUCCUCGAUACCAUACUGUACAUUAAGGGAAGGUUUCAUUUGGUGCCCUUCCAAUUUGGGGAGCUGGGGAGACCUUAAGUGUUUUUCAUUAAAAAAAAAUCUUUAGUUUUACACUUUGUACUCGUAUUUCAAAACACUUUUGUAAGUAUUCAUAAAAUAACUCUAUAAUUAUUACAUAAUAUCUUUUUUUAAAAAUUUCGGUAGAGGAAAUGUCCGGAUAAUACUGAUGUUUUGUAAUUAUAUCUUCUUAUGUAACAGGGUAAAAAAAAAAAAUGCAUUUCAUCUUCUUUCACAGAUUUAAAGCAACACAAAAUGGCACCACCGAAACUAUUGUAAUAUACGAGGUUUCAAAUAUCUCUAAAGGGUGUACAGAAAUUCUAAGUUUUAGAAUUUAUUGAUUGGAAAUUUUAAAUACUUCUAAGUUGUAGUUCAUGGCCUUUCUUGAUUUAAAAGUAACCAAAAAAUGACAUUUAAAAACACAAAAAGUGAUAUGUAUUAUCUGUGAAUAACUCUGUGCUUUGUUUUCUUCUUCUUCUUCUUUUUCUAUCAUAUACGUUAUCAUUUCCUUUAUAGAUUUUGAAAUAAAAACGACAAAAAUGCCUCGAAAAAUUUGUUUGAACGAAAAGUCAAACAAUGCAACCCAUUGUACAUAGUGUCAUGAAUUCAGUGCUUUAUGAUUUUUAUAAACAAUGUCCGGUAUCAUGUGUAAAGUACAUCUACUGUAUAUCUGCUCCAUAUUAUGUAUUCAAUUUUUGUUGUGAGACACACCCUCUGUUGAUCUUUUUAUUAACUGUUUAAUAAACAUUGUUAAUACUUGUAA